UGCAGUUCAUCUCAGCGGCCAGCAGGGGGAAAUCACAGGCUGAAGGUGAGUGUUUCACACGGUACCAUCCCGGAUGAGAGAGGGAGAGAGAGAGAGGUGGGCAGGAGAAAGAUGCUGCACUGAAAACAGCGUGCUGAAGCGUGAUCAUUCAGUCAGUCGGUCCGCUGUGGGAGAGACCGGGUUGGGUAAGGGAAGAGACAGUCUGUGCUUCUUUCAAGGUUGGCAUCAGGUGAAUAAUCAAGGCGUUUUAAGGUCCUCACUGUGGAUAUCAUGCCAUCAAGCGCACUGCACUUUUAACGGCUCAUUGUUCUUUUGGUAGUAUUUUGGAGAAUAAGUGGAAGAAAUGUGACUCCAUCCGAACUGACAACUUUAAAGGCCUGCUGUAGUGACAAAAGAAUGAAACAAGACCUUUGAUGGAUCCAGCACUUCUGUGGAACUUUUGAUACUGAGGCUUUGGCUGAUACAACAUGAGCAUGCAAAGAGGGAUUCAAGCUGCAGAAGAUAACCAAGAAGAAGAAAUAAAGGACAAUGAUACGCAGACUUUUCUAGAAAUAGGGGGAGAUGCCAAUGCCAACCAAAUAUCUAAGGCCGAGAGCAGAGAGCAUACCCAGGAGAGGAUCAUCAUCUGGGGAACACAUUCUCGGAGUGAGGACCCCGAGCUGGAAGAGUUUGAACUUCUGGAGUGUCAAGAAACACUCACUCCGGAUAAAGAAUGUGCGGUUCAGAGUGAGAAGAACAAGACAGUAUCAAAGAACUAUUGUGACAGAACGUCGACAUCUUCAACCGUAAGCUCUUCUGUUAGAUCUGCUUGGAAAGACCACAAUGAAAAUCACAGUCUGGAAGGAGGUGAAAAUGAAAAUAGUCAACCUCUUGACCUCAGGACCUCAAGCUCUCGUUCUGGGGGAUAUAGGACCCUGAGAGAGACGAGGAGUGGUUCUGAAAGCAAUGUGUUUUCAUCUUCUCUUUCUGUAGUUACUAGCCUCAGUGGAAGCUUAGCCAGCGCUCUGGAUAGUGCAGGUCGCACACAACCUCUCUCUUCCCAGCUUACCAAGUCUACCUCAGUCAAAGGCAAGAACCAGCAACCAGCCACUACUGAGUCCUACAUCCACUCAGACAGAAACAAGGAGCUUCCCAGGGAUUUGGACCAAAACCACAACUCUACCACACUGCCUCAGGAACCACAAUGUGACAGAAGUAAGCUAAUCACUCCAAGUGUGGGGUAUCCUUCACAUGGAGGCAUGCAAAUACAAAAACUCACUAUGAAUGCAGAGCAGAACCAGGGGAAAAGGACUUCAUCUGAAUUGACGAAAGGUAUGGUGAGAGUGCUACCUUCUUGUAGGCAACUAGUCCGUCCUCUUACUACUGAUACAGAAAAAACGCAAACCUCAGGAUUUGUCACCACAGACAUCCAGGGAGGGCAUCAGCCUUCAAACACCUCAGAGAUGGUUCACAGCCAUCAGCAAACUGCAGAACUGAAUAAUAAGUCUCCCAACAUAUGCUCAGAGAUGCUUCCAAACCAGAACUUGAAAGGAGAGACACAACGUUUAAAGAGGCAGAGCUCAGCAGAUCGUGCUGCAAGUCCUUCGAGCCUGGAGAGGAAGACUCACUUUAGUCGGCGGACCUACAGCAGUCCGACUAGACCGUCGACUCCUCCGUCACCGAGGACCACAGUGUCACCUCAAAGACAGACUUUGUCUUCACCCAUCAAGACUUUACCUUCUCGAGGUCCUCAGUUAGGUUAUGGUGUAUCACAGGGGUACAGCUCUGGUUUAAGAACCCCGGUCAAAACAACAAUCAACACAAGCAUCCAUAAACCUCUUCAAGAUCAGGCUCCAACAGAGAGCUCCCCUCCAUCCAAGUGUCUACUUAAGCCGAAAAGCGUUCGCCCCAAAAUCAUCACGUAUAUUCGGAAGACCCCGCAGGUGAAACCUCAGCCCCUUGACGGAAAUUACGAGGCGUCGUCCUUAUCUACAAACCUUACAACGUAUAGUGGGACUCAAUCCAAACCUACAACAGGAGAUCAAGGGGAUGCCUCUGUGCUGAGUGCCUCAAACUUGCUCUAUGACAAAUAUCGUCAAGAGAUACAAAAAGUCCGGUUCUUCUCACCUGGACUAAUGGUGUCUGGGAUUAAACCACCCAGCAGCAGCACCUUGCCCCACAAAAUGACAGCCAGGGCCGAUACCUUCUAUGGGACUGUCAACAAACCCACCUCUGUAAUGGUGAGCAGAUCUCCUGUCGGGUUUGGGUCUCCGCUGUCUGGACCUGAGAACACAUCAGGAUCCACUGUACCAGCACAGGAUACAGGGAGUCUUUAUCGUUCUCCCCGGGGCCUGAGACCUCAACUUGGCGUUGGGGCUGUAAACAGGACUCCUGCAGCUGCCAAAAAUAGGAUGGUCCUGACAGGCCACCCAAAGUCACCAUUGGCUUUCAGCCAACCAAUGCAGGCUGUUAACCCAACCACUCAAAUCCCUCAGGAACCUCAAGAUCAGAGAAGACCAGUGGCUGCAAAGUCCCUUUUGCCGAAACCAGCCCAAUCUGGCCUGCGUCCUCCUGGCUACUCGCGUCUCCCGCCAGCUCGUCUUGCUGCAUUUGGGUUUGUCCGAAGCUCCAGUGUCUCCUCGGUGUCCAGUAACCACUCGGCGGAAAGCACACAAAGUGACCCCUGCCGACCUACCUACCGUCCCAACAGUGUAAAUGAUGAAGCACCAUUACACCGUGUCAUUACAUCCCCGCCCGCAGAAGGACCCAGAGCCCCCUGUCGAAGCACCCCUCAACCCCCCAACACUCCUGCACUGACACGCCGCUCGCUGCUGCCCCCUCCACGCAGCUCCCCUGUGGCUUCCCGUAAGGAGUUUCAGAAGACUUCUGAUGGCUCUCGUUCGUCUCUCUCAUCCCCUAAGAGAUUGGCUGUAGUCUCUCCCAAACCGCAAUCUCCAGUUCUUCAGAGGCAGCAGAGAGCGACAGUAGCCGUCCGAGGUUCGAGCGUGCCGAUUUUGCCUCGUACUGGCUCUCCGGGCCCGGAGAAGAACAAAGAAGAAGAGCAGAAGAGCGUAAAAGAGCAAGAGAAAGUUGAGAGGAAUGAGGAACUGCAGCUUUUGCAGGGCCGCUGUGAAGAUCAGGCAAGGCAGCUACAAGCUCUUCAGACUGAACUGAAGAAAACUAACAAGAGUCUGGAGGUCUUUGCGAUCUGCACUCAACACUUUUGCCACAAGAGCGAAGAUGCUGAAGAGAAGAAACAACAGUUGUCCUGGGAACUCAGCAGGAUUCAGCAGGAAGUGGCUUUUAACGCGGCUCGCUGGGAGCGUCUGCAGAAGGAAAAGAUAGAUCUGGAGGAGUGUUUCGAGAGGGAGCUCAGAGAGUUGCAGGUCCAGCAGGAGUCUGAACUUGCCACCUUAGAGGAGAACCUAAGAACGCGUCACGCGUCAGACAGGGAUCACCUCAAGGCCGAACAUCAGUCGGAGGUGGAGGAGAUUCGCACCCAGCACCAGGAACAGGUCGAGGAGUUGACUGCCAACCAUGAGGCUGCCCUGGAGGAUCUAAAGACCAUGCAUAACAUCACCAUGGCAACACUGCAAGAGGAGCAUGCCAGGACAAUGAGAGAUUUAAGAAAAGCCCACGAGCAGCAAAAAGCCAGUUUAGAAGAGGAUUUUGAGGAACUGCGCCUCUCCCUUCAGGACCAGGUGGACACGCUGACAUUUCAGAACCGAACCCUGAAGGACAAAGCCAAGCGUUUUGAGGAGGCCCUGAGGAAGAGCACAGAUGAGCAGAUUGUGGAUGCCCUGGCCCCAUAUCAGCAUAUUGAAGAAGACCUGAAGAGUUUGAAGGAAGUUCUGGAGAUGAAGAACCAGCAAAUUCAUGACCAGGAGAAGAAGAUCUGCCAGCUGGAGAAAGUGCAGGCCCAAAAGAACCUGCACCUGGAGGAGAGGGUCCAGGUGCUUCAACAGCAGAAUGAAGACCUGAUGGCCCGCAUCGACCGACACCUUGCGGUGUCAAGACAACUGUCUGAGGAGAACGCUAACCUUCAGGGGUACGUGGAGAAGGAGACCAACGAGAAGAAGCGGCUAAGCCGCAACAACGACGAGCUUCUCUGGCUUCUCCAGACGAGUCCUCACCUAUCGCCCUCAUCUUCCCCGAUCCACAGAGCCUUCUUUCCGGGCCCUGACAUCCCCCCCUACCCUUAUUCUCCAGGCCCUGGUACCCCCACACACUCCGGUUCCCCCGGCCCGUGUACACCCACUCAUCGGGUGACGUCUCCAGGAACAUCCACCCUCAGAGGUUCUCCAGCAGCACGUUCUUCGCCCGCUCGAACCCCAAAUGCCAAUAUUUUACCCAGAUAAGCUAAAGUGAUUCAUCAAUGUAUUCGUUUUGGUGCAUUGUUGAUGAUCUUCUUUGUUUAAGAGACGAUUACGGUUCAUAUUUUAUAUAUAUUAUAUUUAUAUAGAUUCCCGUCGACUACCAACUGCCAGACAAAGAAGAAACAACUUCACUGAUCUCUUUGACUUCAAGCCACAAAAAAUGUCUCUCCGUCUUUAUAGAUGAAUUUCGAUGAAUUUGAAUUUUGUUAUUAACUCAAAGCACUGCUUCAGAAUGAAUGAGAGUACUUUACAUAUAACUGUAUAGCACGUACUACAUGAGAACUCUAAUACUCGAAUACAACAAAAGCACUUUACGUUUCUGCUAAAUAUUCUUCCUACAGAUAAAUGCACCAGCAUUUUGUGGAUUUGGUUUAGCUUUCUAUUCUAAUUCUCCCAAUGUUCCUGUAGUUUAGUCCAGAAUGUUUCAUAUUGUCUAAACAUGCUGCAGUUACAGGACCAUACAGCUGGCAGCUGUGCAUCACAAUAUCCCAGCUAAGCAAGUCUCUUGCUUGUUUUAAGUGCUGACGUGGUUUUGAUAAGGCCCUGAUGAUUCACCACAAGGGCUGACUUUUCAGGCUACAGCAAAUUGUACGUUUUUGCUUAAGCAUCAAGUCUGUUUGUUCUAUCUACUGUAUGUAAAUCAAGCCACUGAGGUUAACGUCUUAUAUUUAUAUUUAUCAGACAAAAGCAAGUGCAUGACUAACGUAACAGAGAGAUCCAGGACAUGGUAAGAGACCGACUACAGGAAAUGUUGUAAAUUAUCGUCUAAUUUUUAUUUGUUAUUUAUCAUAAUGAACAUUUUGCUACUUAAUGUGCAUGUGAUGUAAGUCUUCCAUUCUUAUUGUGAAAUGUAGGAUAGUUGUCAUGUUAGCGUAGAGACUGGAAGUGAUGGCCUCCACCUCCAAUGUUUGAGGUAAAAAAGUAACCCAUACGUGUAAACAUAACUCUACACCUCACGUUACACCUGUAAGAAAUCCUACAAGGUGUGUUAAGUGUGCGUUACAGGUGAGAAAUGGUUUUACAGAGGUACACUUUUAAAAUGGGUUGGGUCAAAAAAGGAACAAACCCAAUUUAACUAAUGCUGGGUUGUUUUAAUCCAAAAUGAUGGGUUGUUUUUAUUAAACCUUUUGACCCAGAGCUGGUUGAAAAUAUCCCAGCGUUUUUAUAGUGUAGACAGGUGUAGGUUUGGAGUAAUUUAAGCUAUCUUUCUAGUAAUGCUGGUUAACCCUUGUAUUACCUCUGUGGAGUGUAGCUAACCUAGAGAAAGUUUCUCUCUUUAGAUGAACUAGAAAGGAAUGUAACUGUUUCUUUAAAUGAUGUGUGAUAAAGUUCAGGGAAAUUGUUUUACGCUGUCUCAAAGGCAGUUCUCAUUUUCUUAAUACUGAAAUAUUUGAAAAAGCAGAAAUCGCAUAAAGUCAUUCCUAAUGCAAUGUGGGUUUUGAUAUUUCAAAGUAAAGAGAUGUUUUUUAUUUUUUUGGAAAAUUGGUUUGUGUGUUUGUUUUUACAAAUUAUACAUCUUUCAACGCUCAACCUUUCAAUCUUCGAAAACUUUUGAUACAGAUAUCUUAAAAGCUAAAUUUUGUAAACUCUUUACUGAUGUUUUUUCUAUAGUAUUAUCAGUUGGUGCUUGUACAGGGUAUCGUACAACUAUCUGCUAUGUAAGACCAGCUAUUUACGGAAAAGUGCUGUUUGCAGUCCACACGUUAUUUAUGUUAAGUAGUUUAUUUAUUUGGUACACAACUGUUGAAUGGAAAAAAAUUAUUAAUAUUGUUACUGUGAAUUUUUACUUUGAAGUUUAUAUUUUUGAAGCAUUAAUUUUUAUUUAAAUAAUGUAGCUUUACUUUCAAAAUUACAGUUUGCAUUUACUUUGCUCUGUCACUGUGAUAUAAAUGGUUCAUCUGUGUUAUCAGUCCAUUUUUGCUACUCUGGCACAUAUGUUUGGAUGUUUAAAGCACAAUAACAUUAUAUUAAAAUAUUCAAGCACCUUAAAUUUUUUAAUAUUUUUAAACACUUUUAUUCAAAUGAACAACAAACACACAUUAGCAUACAAUAGUGUUACUAUAAGGUUUUUAAAAUGUUUUUGCUAGUCUUGAAUUUAUAGUUUAAAAAAACUAUGGAUUUGUUUUAAGGUUGUGUCUUUGCUUUCCGUGCAAAGUAGCAAAAAUGGUUCACAUCAAAAUACUGCUCUUAUACAAAAAAACGUAUAUUAUUACAGGAGACUAAAACUAUUAUCUUAAAUCGUAAGAAAUCUUUUCAGAAUGAGUAAAACCCAAUUAUUUUUAAAAAUUAAAACACUUUAUUUAUUUUCAACUUUAAAAAGUAAGAUACCUGGUAUAGCCUUCAAAUUUUCUAGUUCUUUCAACUUAAAAAUAUUAGUUGACAAAAAUGUGUAUGAAUGUGUAUGAAGUUAAAUUAAAGGAAAACACCACCGUUUUUCAAUAUUUUACUAUGUUCUUACCUCAACUUAGACAAAU